GGAGAGAGGAGCAGCAGCACGGUGCUGCAAGCCGACAGUGGAGGCUAUCAGAGUCUAAGCAGGCUCCUCAACAGCCAUGGCUGAAGGUGGAGAAGGGGAAGAUGAAAUUCAGUUCUUAAGAACUGAUGAUGAAGUGGUGCUGCAGUGUGUCGCCAGCGUCCAGAAAGAAAAUCGCAAGUUCUGCCUGACUGCAGAGGGACUCGGAAAUCGAUUGUGUUACCUGGAACCCACAUCAGAAGCAAAGUAUGUUCCUCCAGACUUGUGCAUCUGCAACUUUGUGCUGGAGCAGUCCCUUUCUGUGCGGGCCCUACAGGAGAUGCUGGCCAAAACUGGGCCAAACAGUGAAGGAGCAGCGCAAGGGGGUGGACACCGGACCCUCCUCUACGGCCACGCCAUCCUCCUCAGGCAUUCCUUCAGCGGAAUGUACCUAACCUGCCUGAAGACGUCAAGGUCCUUGACAGAUAAAUUGUCUUUUGAUGUGGGACUGCAAGAGGAUUCAACAGGUGAAGCCUGUUGGUGGACUAUCCACCCGGCCUCCAAGCAGAGGUCAGAAGGAGAGAAAGUGCGCAUUGGUGACGACCUCAUCCUUGUCAGUGUGUCUACAGAGCGCUACCUGCAUCUGUCCAUUUCCAAUGGCAACAUCCAGGUGGAUGCCUCUUUCAUGCAGACUCUGUGGAACGUCCACCCCACCUGCUCAGGCAGCAGUGUGGAAGAAGGUUACUUGCUAGGUGGUCAUGUGAUGCGUCUGUUUCAUGGGCAUGACGAGACUCUGACCAUUCCAGGAUCAGACCAGAGUGAAGAGGAACAGAGGAUAGUAAACUAUGAGGCAGGUAAAGCAGGUGCUAAAGCCAGGUCUUUGUGGAGACUGGAACCACUCAGAAUCAGCUGGAGCGGGAGUCACAUCCGCUGGGGGCAGCCUUUCCGCCUUCGCCACCUCACCACCGGCCACUACCUGGCGCUGACCGAGGACCGGGGUCUGGUGCUGCAAGACCGGGAGAAAUCUGACACCAAGUCCACCGCCUUCUGCUUCAGACCCUCAAAGGACAAGCAGGAUUCCAGCCCGAAGCGAGACGUCGAAGGCAUGGGGGUGGCAGAGAUUAAGUACGGAGACUCGAUCUGCUUCGUCUUACAUGUAGCCACAGGGUUAUGGCUGUCUUACCAAGCGCCUGACGUAAAAUCUUCCCGUCUGGGACCUCUCAAAAGAAGGGCCUGUCUCCACACAGAGGGCCACAUGGACGAUGGGCUGACCCUGCAGCGCUGUCAGCACGAGGAGUCCCGCGCCGCGCGCAUUAUCCGCAACACCAUGCGCCUCUUCAGCCAGUUCAUCAGGGACUUGGACAGCCUGAGAGGGAAGAAUCGUGUUGCAGUCACCCUGCAUAUUGAGGAGGUCCUGCAGACCCUGAAUGACCUCAUCACCUACUUCCAGCUUCCAGAUGCUGAGUUGGAGCACGAGGAGAAACAAAUCAAGUUGCGUUCGCUCAAGAACCGGCAGAACCUCUUCAAACAGGAAGGAAUGCUGACCCUGGUGUCCAACUGCAUCGACCGGCUGAACCUGUACAACAGCGCGGCCCACUUCGGGGAGAGCGCCGGGGAAGAGGCAGCUGGGGCCUGGAAGGACAUUCUCAAUCUGCUAUACGAGCUGCUGGCCGCCCUAAUCUGUGGGAACAGAAACAACUGCACCCAGUUCUCCCAAAACCUGGACUGGCUCGUCAGCAAGCUGGAGAGACUGGAGUCCUCAUCAGGAAUUCUCGAGGUUCUUCACUGCAUCCUAAUUGAAAGCCCGGAGGCGCUCAACAUCAUUCAGAGGGGACACAUUAAGUCCAUCAUCUCCCUGCUCUACAAGCAUGGACGGAACCACAAGAUUUUGGAUGUUCUCUGCUCCCUCUGUCUUUGCAAUGGAGUGGCUGUAAGAGCCAAUCAGAACCUCAUUUGUGAUAACCUGCUCCCAAGGAGGGACCUGCUCCUACAGACGCGAUUGGUUAAUGAUGUCCAAAGCAUGAGGCCUAAUAUUUUCCUUGGCAUGAGCGAGGGCUCGGCGCAGUACAGGAAGUGGUAUUACGAGCUGAUGAUUGACCAGGUGGACCACUUCCUGACCAGUGAGCCCUCCCACCUGCGCGUGGGCUGGGCAAACUCCAAAGGGUACGCCCCCUAUCCUGGGGGCGGGGAGGGCUGGGGGGGGAACGGCGUGGGGGACGACCUGUACUCCUACAGCUUCGAUGGACUUCACCUCUGGUCAGGUCGGAUUCCCCGGGCCGUGGCCUCCAUCAGCCAGCACCUGCUGACCUCAGACGAUGUGGUGAGCUGCUGCCUGGACCUGGGCGCCCCCAGCAUGUCCUUCCGCAUCAACGGGCAGCCCGUGCAGGGCAUGUUCGAGAACUUCAACAUCGACGGCCUCUUCUUCCCUGUGGUCAGCUUCUCCGCCGGGGUCAAAGUACGAUUCCUGUUGGGCGGUCGCCAUGGUGACUUCAAGUUCUUGCCACCCUCCGGGUAUGCGCCUUGCUACGAAGCUCUGCUGCCCAAGGAGAAGAUGCGAGUGGAGCCAGUGAAGGAGUACAAGCGUGACUUUGAUGGCGUGAGAGAUCUGCUAGGCACCACACAGUUCAUGUCACAGGCUUCUUUCAUACCUAUGCCUGUGGACACCAGCCAGAUUGUGUUGCCUCCGCACCUUGAGAAAGUCCGGGACAAACUAGCCGAAAACAUCCAUGAACUGUGGGGUAUGAACAAGAUUGAACUUGGCUGGUCCUAUGGUAAGAUGCGAGAUGACAACAAGAGGCAUCAUCCCUGCCUUGUGGAUUUCUCCAAACUCCCUGAAACUGAAAAGAAUUAUAACCUGCAGAUGUCAACUGAAACAUUAAAGACCUUGUUGGCCUUAGGAUGCCAUGUUGUGCACGUCAGUAUAGAUGCUGAAGAUGACUUGAAAAGGAUGAAACUUCCUAAGAACUACAUGAUGUCUAAUGGUUAUAAACCUGCGCCACUGGAGCUUUCUGAUGUGAAACUGACCCCCGGUCAGGAGGUUCUGGUUGAUAAACUGGCCGAGAAUGCCCACAAUGUUUGGGCCAAGGACAGAAUAAAACAAGGAUGGACCUAUGGCAUUCAGCAGGAUUUGAAGAGCAAGCGCAAUCCUCGCCUGGUGCCAUAUGCUUUAUUAGAUGAGCGCACUAAAAAGUCAAACCGAGACAGUCUCCGGGAGGCCAUCCGGACACUGAUUGGAUACGGAUACAACAUUGAUCCUCCCGACCAAGAGAGCGCGGCGCACACCUCUGAGAGGCUGAGCAUCGAUAAGAUACGGUUCUUCCGCGUGGAGCAGACGUACGCCGUAACGACGGGGAGGUGGUACUUCGAGUUUGAGGCAGUGACGGGAGGGGACAUGCGUGUGGGCUGGGCCAGGCCCGGCUGCAGGCCCGAUAUCGAGCUGGGCAUGGACGACCAGGCCUACGUGUUUGACGGCUUCAGGGGUCAGCGCAUGCACAUGGGCAGCAGAUAUUUCGGUCGCAGCUGGCACGCAGGAGACGUGGUGGGCUGCAUGAUAAACAUGGAGGACAAGUCCAUGAUCUUCACUCUCAACGGAGAGAUCCUCAUCACCAACAAAGGCUCAGAGCUCUGCUUUGCUGACUUUGAGACCGAAGACGGCUUGAUCCCGGUGUGUAGCCUGGGCCUUUCUCAGCUUGGUCGCAUGAACCUUGGGAAGGAUGCUAGCACCUUUAAGUACUACACCAUGUGUGGGCUUCAGGAAGGCUUUGAGCCCUUUGCCGUCAACAUGAAUCGAGAUGUUACCAUGUGGUUCAGCAAGCGCCUUCCAACCUUUGUCAAUGUGCCAAAGGACCAUAACCACAUUCAGGUGACCAGAAUUGAUGGGACAAUUGACAGCCCGCCCUGUCUCAAAGUGACUCACAAGACCUUCGGGACCCAGAACAGUAACGCUGACAUGAUGUUCUGUCGUCUGAGCAUGCCCGUGGAGUUCCAUACAGCCUUCAGGAGCAGCCCGACAAGCGAUAUGAACGGAGUGUACGAGGACGACUCUCAAAAACCCAAACACAGGUACCCUGUGAAGUCCCUGAAGCACUCUGAGGAUGGAAGAAGGGCAGAGUACAGCAGCAUCACAAUGUACUACCACUCUGUUAGGGUGUUCGCAGGGCAGGACCCUUCCUGUGUGUGGGUUGGGUGGGUCACCCCAGACUACCAUUACUAUAGCAACCACUUCAACCUUAGCAAGAAUCGAACCGUCACUGUCACCCUGGGAGACGAGCGUGGGCGAGUCCAUGAGAGUGUAAAGAGGAGUAACUGCUAUAUGGUGUGGGGCGGAGACGUUGCGAGCGCCUCCCACACCUCCAGUCGCAGCAAUGUAGACCUUGAGAUUGGCUGCCUCAUCGACCUGAUGACGGGCCACGUCUCCUUCUCAGCCAAUGGCAAGGAGCUGCCGACCACUUACCAGGUGGAACCUAACACAAAGCUCUUCCCAGCAGUGUUUGUACAGCCAACCAGUCCCAACCUGUUCCAGUUUGAGCUGGCAAAGAUCAAGAAUGCCAUGCCCCUCUCAUCGGCUAUCUUCAAGAGUGAGCACAAGAACCCAGUGCCACAGUGCCCACCUCGGCUGGAUGUGCAGACCAUUACCUCGGUGCUGUGGAGCCGCAUGCCCAACACCUUCCUUAAGGUGGAGACGGCCCGGGUCAGCGAGAGGCACGGCUGGGUGGUGCAGUGCUUGGAGCCGCUGCAAAUGAUGGCUGUGCACAUCCCUGAGGAGAACAGGUGUGUGGACAUAAUGGAGCUCUCAGAACAAGAUGACCUGAGGAAAUUCCACUACCACACGCUGAAGCUGUACUGCGCCCUCUGUGCUUUGGGAAACACCCGGGUGGCCCACGUCCUGUGCAGCCACCUGGACCAAUCCCAGCUGCUGUACACCAUCGACAACCAGUACCUCUCAGGCAUGCUGCGCGAGGGCUUCUACAACGUCCUCAUAAGCAUCCACCUGGAGACGUCUAAGGAGGCUCGGCUCAUGAUGAACAAUGAGUUCAUCAUCCCGGUGACCGACGAGACACGGAGCAUCCGGCUCUUCCCAGACGAGUCCAAGAAGCACCAAUGCCCGGGCGUGGGUCUGAGCACGUCGCUAAAGCCCCGCUUCAACUUCGCCCCGCCUUGCUUCAUCACCACCAAGCGAGACCACCUCUCCAGUCCCGAGAUCCCCCUGGACACCCUGAAGGAGAAGGCCAUUAGCAUGUUGACAGAGGCGGUGCAGGGUGGUGGUCACCACAUCCGCGACCCUGUGGGGGGCAGUGUGGAGUACCAGUUUGUGCCCAUCCUCAAGCUGAUUGGCACGCUCCUCAUCAUGGGCGUGCUGGGAAACGAGGACGUACAGAAAAUCCUGCUGCUCAUCGACCCCAACGUGUUCGGCGAACACAAGGAUGAGGAGCCAGAGCAGGCCACCGAGAAGGAGGAGGUGACCAGCAACGAGGAGAAGGCCGUGGAGGCAGGAGAGGAGGAGGCGAAAGAUGCCAAGCAGCCUGUGAAAGGCUUGCUUGAGAAGAGGCUGCCGGAGUCAGUCAAACGGCAGAUGUGUGAACUGCUUCAUUACUUCUGCGACUGCGAGCUGAAACACAGAAUCGAGGCCAUCGUGUCCUUCUCCGACAGCUAUGUCUCGAAGCUGCAGUACAACCAGAAGUUCCGAUACAACGAGCUGAUGCAGGCCCUCAACAUGUCCGCCGCCAUUACAGCAAGGAAGACCAAAGAGUUCCGGUCUCCACCGCAAGAGCAGAUUAACAUGCUACUGAACUUCAGUAUGGGUGAGGACUGUCCCUGCCCAGAGGACAUCCAAGAGCAACUGUACGAAUUCCACAAUGAACUGCGACUGCACUGUGGAAUCCCGAUUGAAGAAGAGGAAGAGGAGCAGGACACUUCCAUAAAAGGUCGCCUGCUUGCCCUUGUGUACAAGAUUAAAGGACCCCCACAGAAAACAGAGGAGAAUCCCACAGAAGAAGAACAAGCUGCACCCACGAACCUGAAGGAGCUGAUCUCGCAGACAAUGGUGAGCUGGGCGCAGGAGUGUCACAUCCAGGACCCGGAGCUGGUGCGCGUGAUGUUCAGCCUGCUGCGCCGGCAGUACGACAGCAUCGGGGAGCUCCUCCGCGCCAUGAGGAAGAGCUACACCAUCAGCGCCGCCUCCGUGAAGGACACCAUCAACCUUCUGGCCUCCCUGGGCCAGAUCCGCUCCCUGCUCAGCGUGCGCAUGGGGAAGGAGGAGGAGAAGCUCAUGAUAGAUGGCCUGGGAGACAUCAUGAACAACAAGGUGUUCUACCAGCACCCCAACCUGAUGCGGGUCCUGGGCAUGCAUGAGACAGUGAUGGAGGUGAUGGUCAACGUGCUCGGAGGAGACAAGUCACAGGAGAUCGCCUUUCCCAAGAUGGUGGCCAGCUGCUGUCGGUUCCUGUGCUAUUUCUGCCGCAUCAGUCGUCAGAAUCAGAAGGCCAUGUUCGACCACCUGAGUUACCUUCUGGAGAACAGCAGUGUAGGCCUAGCAUCUCCAGCCAUGAGGGGCUCCACUCCCCUGGAUGUAGCCGCAUCCUCAGUGAUGGACAACAAUGGGCUGGCCCUGGCACUGGAAGAGCCUGACUUGGAGAAGGUGGUGACGUACCUGGCAGGCUGUGGGCUCCAAAGCUGCCCCAUCCUCGUGGCGAAGGGAUACCCAGACAUCGGCUGGAACCCCAUCGAAGGGGAGCGCUACCUGUCCUUCCUCCGCUUCGCGGUCUUCGUCAAUGGAGAAAGUGUUGAGGAAAACUCCAGCGUGGUGGUGAAGCUGUUGAUCCGUCGCCCUGAGUGUUUUGGCCCAGCACUCCGGGGAGAGGGGGGCCACGGCCUUUUGGCCGCUAUGAAGGAGGCCAUCAAGAUCUCAGAGAACCCCUCCAUGGACCUUCCCAGCUUUUCCCAGGGGGUCAGCUCAGUAACGCCAGCCGAGGGCGACGAAGAGGAGGAGGUGGUGCACAUGGGGAAUGCCAUCAUGUCCUUUUACUCCGCUCUCAUUGACCUGCUCGGCCGCUGCGCUCCGGAGAUGCACCUUAUCAACAAGGGAAAAGGAGAGGCUCUAAGAAUCCGUGCCAUUCUGCGCUCCCUGGUGCCCACAGAAGACCUGGUGGGCACCAUCAGCAUACCCCUCAAAAUGCCAGUAUUGAAUAAAGACGGCACCGUGACGGAGCCCGACAUGUCGGCCAGCUUCUGUCCGGACCACAAGGCCCCCAUGGUGCUGUUCCUGGACCGCGUGUAUGGUAUCGAGGACCAAAGCUUCCUACUGCACCUGCUGGAGGUGGGCUUCCUGCCUGACCUCCGGGCCUCUGCGUCCCUGGACACGGAGGCGCUGAGCACCACGGAGACCGCGCUGGCCAUGAACAGGUACAUCGGCUCUGCGAUGCUGCCUCUGCUGACCCGCUGCGCCUCGCACUUUGGCGGCACCGAGCACUACGCCGCCCUCAUCGACUCCACGCUGCACACCAUCUACCGGCUGUCCAAGGGCCGCUCGCUCACCAAGGCCCAGCGCGACGCCAUCGAGGAGUGCCUGCUCGCCAUCUGCAGGCAUCUGCGGCCCUCCAUGCUGCAACAGCUCCUACGCCGCCUCGUCUUUGACGUGCCCUUGCUGACGGAUUACUGCAAAAUGCCCCUGAAGCUGCUGACCAAUCACUACGAGCAGAGCUGGAAAUACUACUGCCUCCCGUCCGGGGGUGGGGGCUUCGGCAUAGCAUCUGAGGAGGAGCUGCUCCUCACCAAGAAGCUCUUCUGGGGCAUCUUCGACUCGCUCUCGCAGAAGAAAUACGACCAGGAGCUCUUUAAAAUGGCCAUGCCCUGCCUGAGCGCCAUCGCCGGGGCCCUGCCGCCAGACUACGUGGACUCCUCCCUCAGCACCACCCUGGAGAAGCAGACCUCGGUGGACGCCCACGGAAACUUCGACCCCAGGCCCAUCAGCACGGCCAACAUUUCCCUCCCUGAAAAAAUGGAAUAUGUUGCCAACAAGUACGCUGAGCAUUCCCAUGACAAAUGGUCUGCAGAGAAGGUAACAUUAGGCUGGAAGUAUGGGGAGAGUGUGGAUGAGAAGGCCAAGAACCACCCUAUGUUGAGGCCUUACAAAUCACUCACCGACAAGGAGAAGGAGGUCUACCGCUGGCCUGUGAAGGAGUCUCUGAAGAGCAUGCUAGCCAUGGGCUGGAACAUCGAGAGGACCAAGGAAGGGGAGGCCAUGUUUCAGCAACGGGAGAGCGAGAAACUGCGCAAGAUCUCCCAGUCCUCUCAGGGAAAUGGAUUCAGUCCAUGUCCACUGGACAUGAGCAAUGUGGUUCUUUCCAGAGAGUUACAGGGCAUGGUGGAGGUUGUGGCAGAAAACUACCAUAAUAUUUGGGCAAAGAAGAAGAAAACUGAGCUGGGAAGUAGAGGAGGCGGGACACACCCUCUGCUGGUGCCCUACGACACGCUAACCGCCAAAGAGAAGGCUAGGGACAGAGAGAAGGCCCAGGACCUCUUCCGUUUCCUGCAGAUCAACGGCUAUGCCAUCACCAGGGGGUUGAAAGAUAUGGAGCAGGACUCUUCCUCCAUGGAGAAGCGUUUUGCAUACAAAUUUCUGAAGAAGCUCCUGAAGUACGUGGACUCGGCGCAGGAAUUUAUCGCCCACCUGGAGGCCAUGGCCACCAGUGGGAAGAAGGACAAAUCCCCACAUGAACAAGAGAUCAAGUUCUUUGCCAAGGUGCUCCUCCCUCUGAUUGACCAGUACUUCAAGAACCACUCCCUCUACUUCCUGUCGUCUCCCAGCUCAAACCUGAGUGGUAGUGGGUACGCUUCCAAUAAGGAGAAGGAGAUGCUCACCAGCCUCUUCUGUAAACUGGCAGCUCUUGUCAGACACAGGAUUUCCCUCUUUGGGAGUGACUCUGCUACCAUGGUCAGCUGUCUGCAUAUCCUGGCUCACACGCUCGACACAAGGACAGUGAUGAAGUCCGGUUCAGAGCUGGUGAAGGCGGGGCUGCGCACAUUCUUUGAGAACGCGGCUGAGGACCUGGAGAAGACUCUAGAAAACCUGAAGCUGGGCAAGUUCACUCACUCCCGCAGCCAGAUGAAGGGCGUGUCCCAGAACAUCAACUACACCACCGUGGCCCUGCUGCCCAUCCUGACCGCGCUCUUCGAGCACAUCACCCAGUACCACUUUGGGGUGGACCUGCUGUUGGACGAUGUCCAGUUGUCGUGUUAUCGUAUCCUGACCAGUCUUUAUGCACUAGGAACAGGAAAGAACAUCUACGUGGAGAGGCAGCUGCCAGCCCUGGGUGAGUGUCUGGCCACCCUAGCAGGAGCCAUGCCUGUAGCCUUCCUGGAGCCCCACCUCAACGUUCACAACCCCUGGUCUGUCUUCAACACCAAGACCCCCCGAGAGAGGGCCAUCCUCAGCAUGCCCGACUCGGUGGAGGAGAUGUGCCCAGAGAUGCCCCGUCUGGACGGGCUGAUGAAGGACAUCAAUGACAUGUCGGAGUCAGGGGCGCGCUACACCGAGAUGCCCCACGUCAUUGAGGUGGUGCUGCCCAUGCUCUGCAACUACCUGUCCUACUGGUGGGAGAAGGGCCCGGAGAACACGUCCGGCGGCAGCAGCAGCUGCUGCACCACGGUCACCUCCGAACACCUCAGCAUCAUCCUGGGAAACAUCCUCAAGAUCCUCAACAGCAACCUGGGCAUUGACGAGGCCUCCUGGAUGAAGAGGAUCGCUGUCUAUGCCCAGCCCAUCAUCAGCAAGGCUCGUGCGGACCUACUGAGGACCCACUUCCUGCCCACGCUGGAGAAGCUGAAGAAGAAGACGGUGAAAGUGGUGGCCGAAGAGGAGCUCCUGAAGGCCGACAGCAAGGGUGACACCCAGGAGGCGGAGCUCCUGAUCCUGGAUGAAUUUGCUGUGCUCUGCCGGGACCUGUAUGCCUUCUACCCCAUGCUCAUCCGCUAUGUGGACAUCAACAGGUCUCGGUGGUUGAAGGAGCCGGAUGCUGACUCCAAUGCGCUUUUUAAAAUGGUGGCAGAGAUCUUCAUUCUCUGGUGCAAGUCUCAUAACUUCAAAAGGGAAGAGCAAAACUUUGUGGUUCAGAAUGAGAUCAACAACCUGUCCUUCCUAACUGGAGAUAGCAAGACCAAGAUGUCCAAGUCGUUUCUGGGAAAGACAGGGGGUCAGGACCAGGAGAGGAGGCACAAGAAACGGAGGGGAGAGUUCUACUCCAUCCAGACCUCCCUCAUCGUAGCGGCCCUGAAGAAGCUGCUGCCCAUUGGCCUCAACAUGUGCACCCCAGGGGACCAGGAGCUCAUCUCUCUGGCCAAGAUCCGCUACAGUCUGAAAGACACAGACGACGAGGUCAAAGACCACUUGAGACAAAACCUGCACCUACAAGAGAAGUCGGAGGACCCUGCGGUGAGGUGGCAGCUGAACCUGUACAGGCACGUGGUGGUGAAGAGUGAUGGUCCUCCAGACCCCGAGCGCACUGUGGCCCGAGUGCAGAGCAUCUCCGCCGCCGUCUUCCACCUGGAGCAGGUGGAGCAGCCGCUGAGGUCCAAGAAGUGUGUGUGGCAGAAGUUGCUCUCCAAACAACGCAAGCGCGCAGUGGUGGCGUGCUUCCGCAUGGCUCCACUCUACAACUUACCCAGGCAUCGCUCUAUUAACCUCUUCCUCACGGGCUAUCAGAGAAUUUGGAUAGAGACAGAGGAGUACGCAUUUGAGGAGAGUCUAGUGCAGGACCUGGCAAAGGUCCACAAGAAGGUGGAGGAGGAGGAAGAGGAGGAGGCAGAAAUGCAACCAGACCCCCUUCAUCAGCUCAUCCUGCAUUUCAGUCACAAUGCUCUCACAGAACGGAGUGCCCUGGAAGAAGAUCCUCUGUACAUUGCUUAUGCUGAUAUGAUGGCGAAGAGCUGUGCAGAAGAUGAAGAGGAGGAAGAGGAGGAAGGGAAAGAGAAGACAUUUGAGGAGAAAGAGAUGGAGAAACAGAAGACUCUGUACCAGCAGGCCAGACUGCAUGACCGCGGGGCGGCUGAGAUGGUGCUGCAGAUGAUCAGUGCCAGCAAAGGUCGGCUGGGGCCCAUGGUGACCUUCACCCUCAAACUGGGAAUCUCCAUCCUCAAUGGGGGCAAUGUGCUCGUCCAGCAGAAAAUGCUGGACUACCUGAAGGAAAAGAGAGAUGUUGGCUUUUUCAAGAGUUUGUCUGGACUCAUGCAGUCUUGCAGUGUCCUGGACUUGAAUGCAUUUGAAAGACAAAAUAAAGCAGAAGGUCUUGGAAUGGUCACUGAAGAAGGGUCAGUCAACGUGAGUGAGCGGGGUUCCAAGGUACUGCAAAAUGAUGAUUUCACAAAGGAUCUCUUUAGGUUCUUGCAACUUCUUUGUGAAGGGCACAACAACGACUUCCAGAACUUUCUCCGUACACAGACAGGAAACACCACCACAGUCAAUAUCAUCAUCAGCACUGUGGACUACCUUCUCCGCCUGCAGGAGUCCAUCAGCGAUUUCUACUGGUACUACUCUGGAAAAGAUGUCAUGGACGAGCCUGGGCAGCGUAACUUCUCCAAAGCCCUGGCGGUGGCCAAGCAGAUCUUCAACUCUCUGACUGAGUACAUUCAGGGCCCAUGUAUUGGGAACCAGCAAAGUCUAGCCCACAGUAGGCUGUGGGAUGCUGUUGUGGGGUUCUUACAUGUCUUUGCCAACAUGCAAAUGAAGCUUUCUCAGGAUUCAAGUCAGAUUGAGUUGCUGAAGGAGCUUCUGGACCUGCAGAAGGACAUGGUAGUCAUGAUGCUUUCCCUUCUGGAAGGUAAUGUGGUGAAUGGGACAAUUGGCAAGCAGAUGGUGGACACCUUGGUGGAAUCCUCUAGCAAUGUGGAGAUGAUCCUCAAGUUCUUUGACAUGUUCCUUAAGCUCAAAGACCUGACUACCUCUGAUAAUUUCAAGGAAUUUGACCCAGACAGCAAGGGAGUCAUUUCUAAGAAGGAGUUCCAGAAGUCCAUGGAGAACCAGAAGCAGUACUCCCAGUCUGAGAUUGAGUUCCUUCUCUCUUGCGCUGAGGCUGAUGAGAACGAUAUGUUCAACUAUGAAGAGUUUGUGGAGCGCUUCCACGAGCCUGCCAAGGACAUUGGUUUCAAUGUAGCUGUGCUGCUAACUAAUCUGUCAGAGCACAUGCCCCACGACUCACGGCUGGCUGCCUUCCUGGACCUGGCCGAGAGUGUGCUCAACUAUUUUGAGCCGUAUCUGGGCCGCAUUGAGAUCAUGGGUGGCGCCAAGCGUAUUGAGAGGGUAUACUUUGAGAUCAGUGAGUCCAGUAGGACCCAGUGGGAGAAGCCACAGGUCAAGGAGUCCAAACGACAGUUCAUCUUUGACGUGGUCAAUGAGGGAGGCGAGAGCGAGAAGAUGGAGCUCUUUGUCAACUUCUGUGAGGAUACUAUUUUUGAGAUGCAGCUUGCUUCCCAGAUAUCCGAGCCAGAUACUGUGGAGCGGCCAGAGGAGGACGAGGAGGAUGCUCAUAGCAUCUUGGAUGAACUUGAAGAGGAAGAGGAGGAGCAUGCCUUGGAGUCAUCCUCCGCCUUCACCAUCGCCUGCGUUUCCAUGAAGAAGAACUUGUCUCACUUCCGUCAGCAGAUCUCAGUGAAGAACAUGCGCAAGCAGUACAAGAAGUUCAGGAAGAUGAGCAUCCGGGAGAUGAUCAAGGGCUUUUUCUCCUUCUUCUGGAUGAUCUUCACCGGUCUCUUCCGCUUCAUGUUCAACCUGGUCUGGGGCUUCUUCCACAUCCUCUGGACCUCCAUGUUUGGUGGGGGCCUGGUGGAGGGUGCUAAGAAUAUGAAGGUGACGGACAUUCUGGGCAACAUGCCAGACCCAACGCAAUUUGGCAUCCAUGGUGAUGUGCUAGAGCCAGAAAAGAUGGAGACAAGCGAAUCAGCAUCGGGGGCAGAAAUGGUACAGAUGGCAAAAGGGGACCAGUCAGAGGUGGAUUUGAUGACAGAGCUCAUGAAUAUACCACCUAAAAGAGAAGGGGGGAAGCAUGCACCUGAACCUGGCCUGGGAGACGUCUCUGAGAUUGGAGUCGGAGUUGACACACCUUCGAUAGCUAGUGCUGUAAAACAGAAUAAAGCUCAGAAAGAGGCUGCAUCCAAAGACACAAUGGAGGAUGAUCAGAAGGCAGAGACAGAGAAGGCAGACACAGAGGAUGGUGAGAAGAAGGACAAGGCCAAGGAGGAGGAACCUUCAGAGCCCACAGUGGAGGAGAAGAAGGUCCCCAUAAAGAGACAUGGCCAGAAAAAGGAGGCGCCGGAGGCCUUCAUGGCCAGCUUUUUUGCGGGAUUAGAAGUCUACCAGACCAAGAUGCUGAACUAUCUGGCCAGAAACUUUUACAACCUUCGCUUGCUGGCGUUGUUUGUUGCCUUCGCCAUCAACUUUAUCCUCCUCUUCUACAAGGUGACUGGUGAUGACUCAGAUGAUGAAGACCCUGACCCCUGGAAUGGAGGUGAUGAAGAGGAGGAGGAGGGUGGUAUGGAGUACUUUGUGUUGCAGGAGAGUACUGGCUACAUGGCACCAACUCUACGCUUCCUGGCUAUAGUCCACACCAUCAUCUCAUUCCUUUGUGUGGUGGGAUACUACUAUCUGAAGGUUCCCCUGGUGGUGUUUAAACGUGAGAAAGAUAUUGCCCGGAAGCUGGAGUUUGAUGGCCUGUACAUUACAGAGCAGCCCUCAGAUGACGACAUCAAUGGGCAGUGGGAUCGAAUGGUCAUCAACACACCAUCCUUCCCCAAUAACUACUGGGACAAAUUUGUGAAACGCAAGGUCAUUAAUAAGUAUGGGGAUCUCUACGGGGCAGAACGUAUUGCAGAGCUCUUGGGUCUGGACAAGAGUGCCUUGGAUUUCAACCCCACAGAGGAGACUGUGGCGAAGGAGGCUUCAUUGGUGUCCUGGCUGAGCUCCAUUGACACAAAGUAUCACAUCUGGAAGAUGGGCGUAGUGUUCACCGAUAAUUCUUUCCUCUACCUGGUCUGGUACACCACCAUGUCCAUCCUGGGACAUUACAAUAAUUUCUUUUUUGCUGCCCACUUGCUGGAUAUUGCCAUGGGCUUCAAGACUCUGAGAACCAUUCUUUCCUCUGUCACCCACAAUGGUAAACAGCUUGUGUUGACUGUGGGCCUGCUGGCUGUGGUAGUGUACCUCUACACAGUGGUGGCCUUCAAUUUCUUCCGCAAGUUCUACAACAAGAGUGAAGACGAGGACGAGCCUGAUAUGAAGUGCGAUGAUAUGAUGACCUGCUACCUGUUCCACAUGUAUGUGGGUGUGCGUGCUGGCGGUGGUAUCGGUGACGAGAUUGAGGACCCAGCAGGGGACCCUUACGAACUAUACCGCAUUUUGUUCGACAUCACUUUCUUCUUCUUUGUCAUUGUCAUUCUGCUGGCCAUAAUCCAGGGUCUGAUCAUCGAUGCGUUUGGGGAGCUGAGAGAUCAACAGGAGCAAGUGAAAGAGGACAUGGAGACUAAAUGCUUCAUCUGUGGGAUUGGUAAUGACUACUUUGACACAACCCCACAUGGUUUUGAGACACAUACCUUACAAGAGCACAACCUGGCCAACUACCUGUUCUUCCUUAUGUACCUCAUCAACAAGGACGAGACGGAGCACACUGGUCAGGAGUCGUACGUUUGGAAGAUGUACCAGGAGAGAUGUUGGGACUUCUUCCCCGCCGGGGACUGUUUCCGUAAGCAGUAUGAGGAUCAGCUGGGGUAGAGUGGACACACCGUUGCUCGCCCUUCAGACUGCGCCCAAAAACCUUGUCCAGCCAAACUACCGUACUCCUCCCAGUGACACAAGAUAACUACUGUAUGCCUCUUUUCAACUUUAAAGAAGGACUAGACGCACGAGUCGUAAUGCUACCUUUUGUAUUACGGAAUGAGCAUUUCAUAUCAACAUAAGGUGUUUUCCUGUUACCUACUCUAUGGUACAGUGCCACGUGCCAAUUUACAAGAAACUGCAAACUCCAACCUGCCCAGACAUUUGUUUUCUUCUCUUUUCUGGAACAGUCGGUUCUUUUUGACAACGCGUUGCCUUUCCUCCGCCUAACCCCAAACCAUUGCACAAAUUUUUCGUCUUUUUGAGAAACACUGGAUUGUGUGGGGUUAUGGAAUGAGGUGUGAAUCUCCGCCCUAAUAUGCACAAGAAAACUACUUCAAUAUUCACUGAAUGUUGGAAAUGAGACUUAUGCCAAACCCUAGGGUGUGUAGAUCUACAUAGAACGAAAUUGUGUUUUAUUAUACAUGGUGUCAAUCUGCUUGCUGAGAUGAAUAAUACAGUUUAAAAGAAUUGUCCAGCUCAAAGGUUGAAAAUGCUAUGAAAUGCCUACUAUAAAGUAUUAAUAAAGUGCCUUACCAACAUGACAAAGCUAUGCAAAACCAUUUCUGUUCUUUCUAGAAUGUUAGUGCUGUAGUUCUCCUGGAUUAGCAACAAGCAGAUGUACCUAGGUUAGUUUUGUGGCUUUUGUUUUCAUUUGUUUUUAAAAAAAGAAUAAGGUUGAACUGUGUGUUAAUGCUCUUUGGUUGAGGUUCUUUCAAAAUGCAGCAUCCCUACUGAAAAAUGUCACGGUACGAUGAAAAAACACAGUAAUUUGCCGAAUACUUUACAAAGAAAAUGCUGUUGUAUGGCCAUUUGUAUGUAGUAGCUUUGCUAAACUGUGCUCUUUUGAGGAAAAGAAAUAAAUUACCCUGUGCAAUAA